ACAGGAGGCAUCUUCAGUCCCAAGAGCACCACAGGUUAAGGUCGUCUCUCUCCCUCAUCUGCAGCCAUGAAAUCCACCUUUGUUGCCGCUCUUGUCCUGCUGCUGGCCGUUGCACAUGGUUCUGAGGCCAGGGCCGUGGUGAAGCGGGACGUCCAGUCCGACGUGGACAAGAUCACAAAGAUGCUCUCUGAGAUGUCCACCAGCAUCACCGCCGCCACCCAGGAGAUGGUGGAGAACAUCAGGGCCCUGGAGAUGACCAACGCCGCCCAGACUUACGUGGAGGACAGCAGGGCCAAGAUCCAGCCCCUGGUGGAAAAGGUCCAGGCCGAGGCCGUCAAGCUCCAGGAGCAGGUCAAGCCCUACAUCUCCGACAUCGAGGAGCACAUCAAGCCCCUCACCGACAACAUCAACGCCCAGGUCAAGCCUCUGAGCGACAACUUCCACGCUCAGGUCAAGCCCCUGACCGACAUGAUGGAGAAGCUGCUCCAGCAGGUGAUGGACCAGUCCAAGGCCCUGCUGCCCCCCCAGUGACGCUGACCGCUGCACACCCACAUGUUUGUCUGUCGCACUGUCUCUAAGUUAUCAUUAAAGGCGUUCUAAGGU